CCCGCGCCGCCCCUGACCUGAAAUGAAAUUAUUCAAUGGUCAUCGUCAAGUACUCAAGUCCAAGGAAUCGUUAUUCUUUUAAUGCUUUGAGGUUGCACUUCUAUGUUUGACUCUGUAGUCUGUACCAUUAUAAAUUGGAUGCACCAUUGAACCCAAACCAACACACAAACACAACACACAAUCAAUUCUUUUCCCUAUCCUCUAUUCUUGUUCCUGUCACAACCAAACAUGGAUACACUAAGUUCUGCACUUCUCUUCCUGCUAACAUGUGUUGUCAUGCUAGCUUUUCACUCACUCUUUUCUGGAAGAAACAAAAAAAACCUUCCACCAGGACCUACCCCUCUUCCAAUCGUUGGAAACCUCUUUGCAAUGGGUGACAAACCAUACAAAUCACUAGCAAAACUUGCAGAAAUCUAUGGCCCUGUUCUUCAUUUAAAGCUAGGACAUGUCACAACCAUAGUUGUCUCUUCACCAGACACAGCCAAAGAAGUGCUUCAAACCCAUGAUUCCUCACUUUCCGACCGAACCAUUCCACAUGCCUUAACCGCUUUCAACCACCACCAAUUUGGUGUUGGUUUCCUCCCUCUGUCACCCCUUUGGAAAGACAUGAGAAGAGUGUGUAAAAAUCAACUAUUUUCAGUAAAAUCCCUUGAUGCAAACCAAGACCUUAGGCGCAAGAAGGUGCAAGAGCUUCUCAGUGAUGUUCAACAAAGUUCUUUAAGCGGUGAAGCGGUUGAUAUUGGAAAAGCAGCGUUUAAGGCUUCAAUUAACUUGUUGUCAAACACAAUUUUCUCUGUGGAUUUUGCUAAAUCUGCAGGUGGAACAGGGGAGCAUAAAGAUAUUGUGUUGAGCAUGUCAAAAUUUGCAGGAUCACCAAACGUGGCUGACUUUUUCCCUUGGUUGAGGUUCAUUGAUCCACAGAGCAUCAAGAGGAACUAUGUGGUUUACAUUGGCAAGUUGUUUGGUGUGUUUGACAGCAUAAUUGACAAGAGGUUGAAGCUAAGGCAUGGUGCAGGUUUCAUCACCAACUAUGACUGGUUAGAUUCCCUGCUUGACCUUUCUGAAGGGAACAGCAAGGAGAUGGACACUGAGAAGAUUAAACAUUUGAUGCAUGAUCUAAUUGUUGGGGGAACUGACACAACUACAUACACAUUAGAAUGGGCAAUGGCAGAGCUAAUUCACAACCCAAACGUCAUGUCAAAAGCUCAAAAAGAACUUGAUGAAAUCAUUGGAAAAGGUAACCCACUUGAAGAAUCAGACAUUGCUAGACUCCCAUACUUACAAGCAAUAAUGAAAGAAACUCUGCGCUUGCACCCGGUUGCUCCACUUUUGCUCCCUAGAAAAGCCAAAACCGAUGUGGUACUCAAUGGCUACACCAUUCCAAAGGAUGCACAAAUCUUGGUUAAUGAGUGGGCUAUUGGAAGAGACCCAAAAUAUUGGGAAAACCCCUACUUGUUCUCACCAGAGAGGUUUUUGGAGUCCAAAAUUGAUGUCAAGGGUCAGAAUUUUCAGAUCACACCAUUUGGAAGUGGAAGGAGAAUAUGUGUUGGGUUGCCAUUAGCUAUGAGGGUGGUGCCCCUGAUGAUCGGAUCAUUGAUCAUUGCUUAUGAUUGGAAGCUUGAGAAUGGUAUGAAACCAGAAGAUAUGAACAUGGAGGAUGCAAUACAUGGGCUUGCCUUGAAGAAAGAUGAAUCCUUGCGAGUUAUUCCAAUCAAAAGAAGUCAUUAACUGGAAAAUGUUUGGUUGGUAGAGGGGGGUGUCUACAUCCAAAUGACUGCUUCAAAGGGAGAGAAUAAAGAAGAAAAUAAAAAUAAGUGACAAACAUAAUAUUUAUGUGAUAAAAAAGAUAGAGAAAAAAAAUUUAUUGGAUAGUCAUUAUUUCUAGGAUAUUUAAAUUUGGGACUGAUAUGGGAUGCAGAUGCUUACUUGUGAUGCACUUAUUGAUUUUGUUAGUUCUUUUAAGAAAUGUUCUUUGCUAGGGCAGAUAGAAAUAAAGAAGUCUAAUGCUGUUAUAGUAGUUGGCCGUUUAAAUAAGAUAGCCAUAACAAGUGCCUUUGUGUGCUAUGAAUUUUAGUUCUCUUUCCAAUUGUCUAUUAAAUCUAGUAUGAAUUGAAUAAAAGGUUUAAAGAGGCAAUUCAACA